AUGAAGCAAUCACUCUUUUAUUUGCUCCUUCUGUUCUUCCUAUCCGUUGCAAAAACGGACGAUGAUGCAUACGUCGAACUGGACGAACACGAACUGCAACAUAAAUUCAGCGUCCGUGUCUUGCGAGGGUCUUCUGUGCGGUGCGGUUUGGACCUUCGGGAUGAGGCCGACAUUGAAAUGAGGACUUUCUCCCCGGGGGUGCAUAUAAUGCCUCACAUACUAUCGGACUACCAAUUUGGCUACGCCCAACAGAAAAUUAUAGUCGGCGAACACAACAUCACCCCCUUAAAUGAGGGACUGCGAGGAAUGUGCGUUGGAGAGCUAAGACGAGUUGGCAUCCCCGUUGGUGGCCUCGGAAAGGUGUACUAUGAAAUUACCUUGAAGGACUACACAAAGGGAAACCCCCCAAGAGACGAGCUGUAA